AAUCUUGGAUUCUUCAUUCUUCUCCUUUGGAUCAAAAGGCUUCUUAAAUGGCAUCUGGAGAUAAUGUAUCCGAAGAAACCCCCAUUGAUGCUUCUCAGGAGCAACAUGAAACAGUUGAUGAGAUGCUUGCCCGCCACAGGCAAGAGAUUAAACAACUUCAGAACAAAGAGACAGAGAUGAAGAAGGCAGCCGCAAAAGGUAGCAAAGCUGAACAAAAAGCUAAGAAGAAGCAAGUCGAAGAAGACGUCUCCAAACUUUCCUCAAAGCUCAAGGAGAAACAGUUGAAAGAACUCGCCUCUCAAGGUUUUAGCAGCAGCAGCAGCAGCACCGUUGUCAAGGACCAAACAAAUGAGAAAAAAGGAGACAUCGACACGUUAGUCAGAGCUAUUGCUGGAGUCUCAGUCACUGCUCAACAAGAGCACUCAAAGCCAAGCAAGAGCGUGAAGAGGCGCGAGAAAAGGGCUAAGGAAGAAGCAGAUAGAGAGCAGAGAAUCAAAGAGGAGCAAAGCCAAGUGACAAGUGAUCGUGUGGUCGAGAACGCAAAGCUCGAGAAGAAGCUUAAACCAUUGGGAUUAACAAUCAAUGAGAUAAAACCAGACGGACAUUGCCUUUACCGGGCUGUUGAGAAUCAGCUUGCCAAUCGCUCAGGCGGUGCAUCUCCUUACACAUAUCAGAAGCUCAGAGAAAUGGCUGCUUCGUACAUGAGAGAGCACAAAACCGAUUUUCUCCCGUUUUUCUUGUCAGAGACUGAAGGCGACUCCAACAGUGGAUCCGCAGAAGAGCGGUUUGAGAAAUACUGCAGAGAAGUCGAGUCAACCGCCGCUUGGGGCAGUCAAUUGGAGCUUGGAGCGUUAACACAUUGCUUGAGGAAACACAUAAAGGUGUAUUCUGGGUCGUUUCCAGAUGUUGAAAUGGGCAGAGAGUAUAAAUCUGCCGAUGACUCGAGUCUCUUGUUAUCGUAUCACCGGCAUGCUUUUGGGCUCGGGGAGCAUUAUAACUCCGUUGUGCUCGCCCACAACAUCACCGGCUGAUGGAUGAUGAACUUUAUCUCAAGCUUUAAGAAAAGUACUUUUGUAUCAAAAGUUUACUGAAAAUCUUUCUUCUUUAAUGUUUGUUGGAUUUGAGAGAACCAAUCUGUAACUUCAAUUUUUCGUUUGGUUACAAGGCGAAGCAUAAUCUAUUUCUACACAGUUCCAGGUUUUUCAUUACACAACACGAAUGUUGUACGGAGAAAAUGACUCGAAGAAACAUAUGACCUUUGA